GCGAAGCCAUCAAUAUCUGUCCCACAAAGGAGAUUACAGCAUCCAUGGGACAGAUUAGGUCGCCUAACUAUCCAAGCAACUACUGCUCACACACUGAUUGUACCCUCACAAUCAAACAGCCCUUGGACAGAAACUUUACUUUCACUUUCACCAAGCUUGAUAUUGAGAGUGAUCAUAAUGACGGUAGGUAACAUAAUUUAUGUUAAACUUUAUGGCAUGUUUUAAAUCUGCGCAGCUAAUUGGGAAACUCCGACGACUGAGAUUUGCAUGUAAUUGUUAAUGCUGAUAAAAUCAUUGGGCAUAUAUUGCCCAAGGAUAAAUUGAUUAAUUUCGAUUAAAUUUGAAUGAAGAUUGGAUGAGAAAUAAGCAACUGUUUUCCAGGCCUAGUAAACUAUGCACUGUACAUAAUCUGACGGAGUUAUGCAGUCUCUGAGUGCCCUCUAGUUUACAUAUUAUUAUUUAUUUAAUAUAUACAAUAUCCACUCACUUACUUUACAGAAUUCAACUGUCAUGAUUACCUCAUUAUAUCUGGAGGUUCAUCAAAAAAAUUCUGUGGCACCACCACUCCAGUGCCAUUUGUACUUGGCCUGAAUGUCGUCACACUGAGAAUGGUAACAGAUGGUAGUAUUGAACAAAGCGGUUUUGAUCUCAAUUUCACCACCGUUCAGAGUAAGCAAUAUUUUAGGUGUGAUCAGGGGCGGCAGAGGGAAAUAAGGCGUCAGAAGACUUUUCUUAAAUUGGGAGGGAGGGCGCCAAAAAACUCCCAGUUCCUAUAUUAAAGUGACCCUCGACUGCAACCUCCUUCCCAGGGCUUUCGUAUGAGGACGAGGGCAGAGACAAGAAAGCCCUGGUCUGGGCCGGUUAAUUUUGCAUUAUGAUUGACUAACACCAUACUGUCUAAAAAUAACUGAACUUGACAGUUGACAAUAACAAUUCAACAUUUGUAUUUUUAUGAUUCUUGUGUGGACGAGUAUGUUUUGCAAAAUAAUCUUUCAAAGUAAGACGUUUUCCCGACUGCAUAAUUUACUUUCGCCUCGGCCGGUUACAAAACUCGAAAGCCGUGUCGACGUGAGCUGAGCUGAGACGUGAGCCUGACAAAACAAGAAACGUCUACUAUUAUCUAAGCUGUAAUUUUCUUGUACAGUAUUUAUAUAAAUGUAGUGCAGAUGUCUACGCGUAUUUCAUUGUAGUCCUAGUCCCCGAGCCGACGGUGCGAAGCCCCGUGCGAGGGUACUAAUUCCCCCCGGCUAUUUACAUCCGGAAAAACGAAAGCAUUAGCGAAGUCUAAAGUUCAUCAAUUAUCGCGGGCGUGGGUCACCAAGGAGGCGGACUGUCAUGAAUGGCGGACACUGAUUGGUCAAAUUUAAAUUUUGCAUUAUAACGACUGCAUGACGACAGCGAAAUAGCAAGCAUUUCUUGAUUUGAUGAUUAAAUUGAUAAAUUUCUUGCAAAUAUAUUUCAUUUUUGCUCGCAUUUUGGCAAGAUUUUGUAAAUUUCAAUAGGUUUCUCAGAAAGAAAGGGCCAAAGAAUCGGCUAAAAGAAGGGAGCCGACAUUAACUAAGGUAAGUUUGUUUUAAAUAUUGAUUUUAGAAUGACUUUAAGACCCGACAGCCUUUGUGUGUAUGAAACAACUAUUACAAGACAGGAUAUAAUUUCAGUGUAUCUUUAAUAAAAUUGAUUCCCUUUUUAUUAUAUUGAUUUUUUUAAAUAAAAAAGAAAGCAAAGUCAUUUGCAAGCGAGAAUUUGAAAUCAUUUUAUUGCAAACUCAAAGUUUAUCGAUAAAGCCAUUUAAUUAAAGCCAGGCAGUUUAGUUAUAUAAAGAACACUUUAAAACGUUUUGCGAAGCGUUUGUGGUUGAAUUUCACCUUAAAUUAAAGCUUAUAUUACGUAUAAUAAACAUACCUAACAUAUAUAUGUUGGGAAAUUGAUAAUUCUGUAAUUAAAAGUGAUAUUUUUAGGCGAUUUUUCAUUUGUAAGAAUAUUCUUAAAAAUUAUCGUGCUACCAUGACAACUACUUUAGAUACUUCAUGUUCGGAAAAUACAAUGGUUUUGUCAGCAAGGCGAGGGUUUCUGCAUGGAUGUAUUUUCUAGUACUAUUUUAUACUGACAAUAAAAGCAAGACAAACAAUUCAAUGAAACUACUAAAUUAAUUUAGGCCCUGUUUACCUAGUAGCUUUACGCCUAGGCCGAUGUAGUCUCUACAAGAUUCGUCACGUGACCGAGUUUUACAGUUCCAGAAUACCCCGAAUACUUGAAAAUUGCGAUUAUACGAUAAAAUAAAACAAAGAGUGUGAAGGGGAUAAAAUUUGUAGGCAAGCAUUGCAUUGAACGGCAAGUGUUGGUGUCCGGCGAAACAAGGGAAUCCGUAUUUUUCUGUACAGCGUAAAUAGGUUACGCGAGGUUUUAUAUUUGUGUUUAUUUAUAUCGAACUAAGUCAGCUAUAUAAGAGCAUAUUUAGAAACUAAGUAUUAAAGGCAAUAGCCAUAUUGUUCAAGACAACAUACGGAGUCUUCAGAGAUUUCAGCUGAUUCGUGCCAAACUUCGCUACACAUAAAUAAUAUCGAUUGAGAAGUCUUUUGGCUGUUUAUUAUUUCAUUAAAGAAUAUCUCGCCACUCCUUGACGACUAGCUGUCAAAUACUGCCAUUUUUGGGGUAGCUACGUGACCAUCCUAGACCAGGGCUUUCUCGUCACUCCCCUCGUCCUCAUACGAAAGCCCUGGGAUCGAGGUUGCCUUGGCUGUUGAUAUAUUGAGGUGGCCGGAAAUUGCAGAGAAAAAUGGUCAUGUCGCAGAGCAUUAAUUACAUGACAUUGAGGGCUUAGUCAAGAAUUCCCGGCGCUUUUGUUUUGCUUUAUUCUCACUUAUUUGUGGAGACCAGUGUUGUAAAAAUUACCCAAAAGCUAAUGAGUAAAAAUUGUUUCUCCGGAAAAGUAAUUAUUAUAAAUCAAAUCUUAAUUUCUUCAAAAGUUCUUAUUCUUAUUCUUAUUAUUCUUAUUAAUCAAUUGAUAAUUUACAUAUCAAGUGUUACAAAACAAUUUUGAAAUAUAUUACAGGUUUUUAACAUUAAAAAUUUUUAGGUUAUAUUAAAAUUGCAAAGCUAAAUUAUAUCUAAAAAUACAUGUAUUGAUAAAACUAUUUUUAAAACGAUCGGUAGAAAUGUUUGGUCACUGUGCCUCUUGUGUUCUAAGUUUAACUGUAUAUUCUUUCAUUUUUGAACAGAUUUCUCUUAACGGAUGAUUGUUUUGUGUACACAGCUUUUCAAACAGCUUUCUAUCUGUCUGUUCUAACAGUAUAUUAAUAUAUAUUUGUUCAAAUGUGUAUCUUACGGAUAUCGAAUACAAUUAAUGAAAAGAAACUUUGAUUUACAAAUACUAGAGUUUAAUCUAGGUUAUACCAAUAAACGGAAAAUUUAAAAAAACUUGAAGGAAUGACUAUCCUGUGGAUUGCGCUCUUUCAUCCCUUCGUGCAAUUUAUUGGCAUGGAAAAAUACAUCUAUAUAUCAAAUAGUAAUACCUAUCACAAAAUAGUAUGCCAAAGAUAUAUUUCACUUUUUGCUACAUCCUGUGUAAAUAGAAUAUUCCUAUCCUUAUUUUUUCUAGCAACUGGUUUACCCCCAGCAGUGAGUGUGUGUCCGACCAGGUCAAUCACCCCCAGUGCUAUUGGUCGUGUCCAUUCCCCUGGAUUCCCUAAUAACUAUGGCGCCAAUCUGAACUGUAAGCUUACCUUGGACGUGCCUUCAAAAAAGGCAGUUGAAAUUUCCUACAACUUUUACCAUAUUGGAUGUAAGUAGAACCGUAAUUUAUGUAUAGGUUAUUUUGAGGCAACGAGGGGAUAUGUGAUUUAUUCACCGAGGCGCCUAGCGCCGAGGUGAAUAAACACAUAUGCCCGAGGUGCCUCAAAAUAACGUACUUAUUUCUCACACUGCGAGGUCGCGUUAAUGAGUCAGAAUAGAAAUAAUUCUUAAUGCCAUAUUGCCUUCGUUAUGUUGUUUUUUUUCUCAUUUUUUGUGCUGCAGAGACAUUGCAGGUGAAUAUUAGAGGGGAUUAUUAAUUGCAGGUGAAUAUUAGAGGGGAUUAUUAAACGGAAAUUGAUUAGAGGGGAAUAUUGAAUAUAUUCCCCGAUAAGAACAGAGGAAACCGAGCAGGGUGAAAAAUAAGCUAGUGAAUGAUAUUUCCAACUUCAGUAUAUGUGAAUGAUAUUUCCAACCUAUAUAUGUGAGGGAAAAACCUUACUAAACUGAUUCAGAUUACAAACCAAGAGCUCAGUGUUAUAUAUACCCCCCACAAUUAAUUUUUGGCCCUCCCCAUUUUGCCCCUCCCCCCCGAAAAAAUAUUAUUAGUCACUAAGAGCGACUAAAGGCUACACAAGCGUUUUGGAGUUUUUUUCGGAAAAUGUAUGGCUUAUAAGUUGUCAUUACUCAUUAGUGAAUGCGCGCAUAUAUGAAACUGUUUUUACAGUUUCAAGAUUAGUUUGUAAAUCACUGAAUGGUAAAACUUGCCAAUACUCCAAUAAUACGUUUCAAAAAAGACAAAAAAGCUUUAGUUUUGCAGAGUUAAAUUCUCAAACGUGUAAGGCACUAAUAAGAUGAAAGUAUCACGAACUUAUUUGAAUAAACCACAUCGCAUAUAUGGGGGAGAAGGCGAAUAUCCUAAAGGGGGCGAUAUUCCCUCGCCCCCCUUUUGUGAGGGGGGAAUCUCCUGGGGGGAGAGAAGGGGGAAUCUCCUGGGUGGAGACCUUUUUAAACUCUCUAAUCUCCCCCCACUCCAAAAUAAAAUAUAUAUGAGUUUGCCCCUCAAAUCCCCUCCCCCCCAAUUAUGAGGCUAGCGCCGCCACUGCACCUGGUUUAAAUCAAACAAACUUUUGUUAACUCUGAAGAAAACUAAAUGUAUUAUUUUCUGUGCUAGAAACAAGCACUAUACAAAAACAACUGCAUGAUAUUAAGGUAGAUAACAAACUCAUCGAACAGGCUAGUUCCGUAACAUUCCUUGGUGUUCAUAUUCAUGAAAAUCUUGAUUAGAAGUCACAUAUCAAUAGCGUUUCUCUAAAAAUGUCAAAAUCAAUUGGUGUUAUAAAUAAUAUUAAGUCAUUAAUUUAAUUUCAGCCACAGCACGUCGAUCACAAUACUGCACGCUUGUUUUUACCAUAAAAACAAUAUCGUAACAUUAUCUGGGCUAAAACAUAUAGUACAAAUCUAGGAAAAAAUUUUUAAACUGCAAAAACAUACUGAUACGAAUAAUUGCUAACGUUGGAUUCAGAGAUCACACAAAGUCCUUAUGUUUUAAGCUGAAAUUAUUGACUGUUUGUGACAUAAAUAAAUACAAAACUGGAGCCUUUAAAUUUAGAUGCAUUAACUAGUAACUACCCUCGUACUCUUCCACCGAUCUUCCAAACCUAUACUUUGUUCAUAAUGAUCAAAUUCACAACUAUAUAAUACCAGAACUGCCAGCAAACUACUUGUCACUCAAGUAAGAACCACAACUAGAAAAAUGCCCCUAAGACGUACAAAACGGGACCAUAUUCGGGAAUUCGCUUGAUGACAAUGUCACUCUGUCAAAAACAUUAAAAUCAUUUCAAAAAAAGCUCAAAUAUUUAUUAAUAUUUGAUGAAACGAAGAAAAGCUGAGUUAAUUGGUUUAUAUUGGAUAAGAAACCCUGCUAAAUUUCUACUCGACCUUCGUAAAAUUGGUGAUUGGCAUUCUCUACAAACUCCCUGGAAUUUCUUCUACCAAUCUUCAUCCAUAUUACCUUUUACUCUUUCCUUCUAUUUUAUAAGUACUGUUUAAUAAAUGAGAAGGAUUGUUUUAUUACGUUUAAAGCAACGAGCGCCCAGGGCGAGUGGCUUUAGACCUAAUAAAACUUGUCAUAUCUUAGCUUGGUCUGUUUCUGUUGAAUAUCGGUCAGGUCGAUUGCAAUUCAAACAAUGGAUAAUGAAACUUUUGUCAUUUCAUUAUGUAUUGUCUUAAUUGCAUUCGACGCGACCAAAAUUCGACGUAUAAAGUAAGCCUAACAUGCUUUUCUUUACAUGAUAAUAAUUAUGAAUAUUUGCGUGGUUUAUUGAAGUGAAAUUUACCAAUUUUAGUCAUAAAGGGGGUUAAUUUUAAAUGGUUUUAGACCCAACUCUCAACGGUGAGAAUAUGCGAUUCUGACUAUAACAUUUUUCUAUCGGAUUCGUAUUAACAUUUUGCUCAUUUUUUAUCCAUUUGACAUGAAGAACAUAAUCAUUCAACUACUAAAAGCCUAGUCUUUCCAAAUAUGAAAAAUUCUCUGUCAUACGCAGAGUAAUUCAAAUGUAAUAGAGCGUUGAAGUUCGAUUAUCUUUUUGUGAUACCCUGUAUAUAUCCGCCCGGCCCGGAAUAGUCUCGUUAUUCUAAUAUUAACGUUCUAGUCAAGCAUAACUAAUCAAACUAUGAUCAUAUGGGUGGUGUCACGUAACGAAGUAAAUGUACUUCGUUACUGUACUUGAAUAUUGUUUUUGAGAAGUCAGCAUGUAACAAAGUAUACUUUCUCUGGAGUACUUUUACUUGGAACGAAGUCGUUUUAAGAAGUAAAGUUUUACUUCGUCAUUUUCAUUUUGUAGCGAAGUAUUUCGUUACUUUCUAACUUUUGUUUAAUUUUACGUGAUUUAUUUCGGAAUUCUCUUAAUUUUGGGAUGGGUAAUGGGACCUCUACAUGCGUCUGGGAUCUCUCGUUUGUGGCUUACUUAUAAGCAUUAUCUAUUUAAUUAAUGGAUUUCUUAUACCUUCAACGGGGUCCGGAAAGUACAUCAUGUCGUGAAAUAUUGUAUAUAUUAGGUGCACACAUAUAAUGCAUGUGUUGUUUUGUGUCUUUUCAAAGUUAAUCCAUUGGAGAAGUCCCCCCUCCCCCUACACGCUACAGACAAUAGUACUUUACUUUUAAUUUUCACUUCAAGUAUUUUUUAAGGAUACUUUGUACUUUUUAGUAAAUUGUAAUCUGCAUAGUGGGUAAGUCGCGGUGUGUAAACAUUCAGUACUUUUAUAGUCACGAUUAAAAUCGUAGUAUAUAAGUUGUUAUAACUAAUUUGUUAUUACCUGUUCUUUAUCUGUAUUUAUAUUUAACGUCUUUUUAGGGGUUAGGUGUCAACUGGGACGAGAGUCCUGUUCCUUUCCCCUGUCACGAUUUGUCUAAUCUGUCUUUAUUUGUCUUUAAUUAGUUUGUAUUAUGUAUAAAGUGACAAAUUCAUUAUAUUAUUAUUAUUAUUAUAUUAACAAAGUUUUGAACAAAUUUUGUAAACUUUUUUUAUCGUGAAGUUACAGCAGGCAAUGGCAGAUAUUCAUCAAGUAGUUAGUAACACCGUUCUUGUUCUUGUUUUUGUUUUUGUUCUUGUUCUUGUUCUUGUUCUUGUUCUUGUUCCUGUUCCUGUUCCUGUUCCUGUUCCUGUUCCUGUUCCUGUUCCUGUUCCUGUUCCUGUUCCUGUUCCUGUUCCUGUUUCUGUUUCUGUUUCUGUUCCUGUUCCUGUUCUUAUUCUUGAUAUUGUUGUGGAUAGUGUUGUUGUUUCUGAUGUUGCUGUUGCGGUUGUUGUACCUGUUGCUAAUGUUGUGAUGCUGUUUUAGUGGAUGUUGUUGUUCCUGUUAUUGCAACUGCUGCUUUGUUGGGCAUUUUGUUGUUCAAUUGCAAGCUGUUACAAUUGUUAAUGCCGUUUUUGUUGUUUUAAUUAUUUUAGGUGAUGUUGCUUCCAUGUUGGUAGCUGUGGUUGUUACUCAAUCUAACGGUACAAACGAACUAAUAUUUUAAAUAUUCUGUUCAUAGACAAAACCACUCAGUGCUCGAAAGACAAUUUGACGGUUGCGGACAACAGUGGUCAUAGCCACACAAUAUGUGGCCAUGCGUCAUCUGCAGGCUGCCGGGAUACCUACAAUGAUAGUGAUGUCUCAUUUCAUUUUACAACUGACGGGAGUGGCUCUGGAAACGGAUUUCUGUUGACCUACAAACUGAUUGACAAACCAACCUCGAGUAAGUACGAUCAGUGACAAACUAAGCGGCAUUACAGUAAUUAUUGCGGAAACCAUUUUCGGGCUUCCAUUUAUAACAGUGUUUCUACACUGAAGGAUUAUCAACCUGUUUAAAGAAUUUCAAUUUAGCGCGAUAUACAAAAAGUGUGUUUAUUAAGUAUUACAGUAUUGCGGCGGAACAGGUUUUGUUGUUGGUUUUUUUGUGUUUUUUUUUUUGGGGGGGGGAUGGUGAACAAACUAUCCGCCAUAUUGCGCACGGAACUUUUCGGAUAAGUACAAACACGCCACAGAAGACAUCCAAUUGUUAAAGAAGAUACAACAGUCACAGUAGUAGGCCAGUAACGUAGGAAGGUAUUUAAUCUCAGGAGGGCUGAGAACUAGGUGAUUGCGGGGUAUCAUUCCCGGAAAUAAAUUGAGGCUUGGAAAUGCCAUUUCCUUCACAUUUUGUACGGUGUCCACGACCUUUAAAAAUCCUGCAAAACAUUUGAAUUUGUAAAAAGAAAAUCCAGGUUUGGAAAGUCCGCGAAAAUUAGUAAAAGUGGAGUCCUACAACUUUUUCCAGCUGUGCGGAUAACCUGGAACUGUAUUUCAAGGAUUGAUUUUGAAUAAAUAGUAAUGUUUCAAAAAAGGAAUUUUAGGUUCUUAAAUUGACUGGAAAAAAGCCUUGAAGGUCCUGGAAAAGUUCUCAAAUUUCUAGCCUUCGAAAGAAGGCCUUCGCCUGGAGUUACUAUUGGGAUAAAUUACAUGAACUUUUAUACUAAGAAUAUAAAAGCGAUCGCGUGAUAAAAAUAAACCAAUUAGAUGGAUUUUGUCAAAACAAUGUAACUGUAUAAACAAAAAAUUUAAAUCACAUUACAGUAUAUAUUAAAUUAAUACAAGCAUACGGAAAAAUGCAGCAGAUACAACCAAUAUAUUUGGUUGUAUUCUCCUUAUAUUUUCAGUUAGUUCCAUGCCCACCAACAAAACUUGUUCCUACCUUGAAUCCUCAUAUUCUGAGUUUCGCCACCCGAACGUCUUUGCUAAACGGUUGAUAUUUGCACCCAAUACAAAUAUUUGCUUCAUAAUUGGUUAUGCAUAGUCAGUUUAAAUGAUUUGUUUGGGGGGGCUAAUAUCGCAAGCAAAUUAGGAUAGUAGAACUAACUGGUGAAAGAGAACGCUCCCAUAAUUUCAAUAUUUAGAUAUAAUUAAAUAUUGGAAAUUCAUGCAUGCAACAACCGCUCACCUAUACUUUCGAAACAUUGAUUAACAUGAAGUAGCCUAUUAGUAUUUUCCCUACAACGAACCCAGGCUGGCAUUCCUCAUCAAAUGUUGCCAAAGCAAAACGAUAAUUUUUAAUUUUUCAAUUAUAUUUAUUUUGUACAAAUUGGCAAAAAUAAUUGAAAUAUUAGAAAUUUUAAUGUAUUACAAUACUUUUAACUAUGCAAGAAUGAAUUUCAGACAAUUAUACCCGGUAGUCAAACCCCGUUAAGUAACUAUGCUGCGAGCAUCUCCUCGAUAUUAAGCUCCUUUAUUAUAACUAAUAAAUACAUUUAAUGAUCUCACAUGAUGCUUAACAAUGCUGGGGUUAGCAUGCAGCAUUACAGUAUACAAAUAUUUAAUGUUUAUGAGUGCAUAUGACGUACAUCGAUAUAUAUAUAUAUAUAUAUAUAUAUAUAUAUAUAUAUAUAUAUAUAUAUAUAUAUAUAUAUAUGUUGAGUUGUGUAAUUGUACACUCCGUAAUAUGUUAAGUGUCUUUCGGCAAAAUGUCCGGCCACCGAAAAUCAACCCCCGACACCUAAAAAUACAAAAUGUUUCUGGGCCAGACAAGUUCCACUUUUCUCUUUCUUUUGAUGACCCCUACACUGACAAGUUCUUAAAAGAGGCUCUGAAUACACGACCAUAUCAUGGAAACUGCCUGACCACCGAGGAUCAACAUUCAAAACUAUACCUCUCCUAUAUUGCGUACUGAUUUACAUUGAUUGCGUAUUUCAUCUUGUAACUAAAAUGAUCGACCGUGCGGGUUUUCUUGAGACUGUGCAAUGCAUGGGGAUGUGUGUACCAUCCACACAAUCAAAUGCUAUUUAUUUUCCUUUUGGUUAAUCAAUUGACUCAUUUCCUGUUCUGAUGAAGGAAGUGGGAAAAGGUCAGGCUUUUCAACCAAAACAUAUAUGACCACUAUAUUGGUAAUUUUGUUCACGUUGCCUUUUAGGCAGCGAUCAUAAAUUUUUAUAUUACUGUUUUACUUUGACGCUGGGAGGGUGGGGCAGAGAGAGCCAGCUCUUAAGCUAGUUGCAUGCAUAGAGAUUAUUUGAAAACAAAUAUUUUCAAAUUUAUAUAAUAUAAAAUUUUAGAGAUAUAUAGUUUAGAAAUUUAACUGUACAUGUUGUACUUGUCUUUCUCACAGGCGAAGCCAUCAAUAUCUGUCCCACAAAGGAGAUUACAGCAUCCAGGGGACAGAUUAGGUCGCCUAACUAUCCAAGCAACUACUGCUCACACACUGAUUGUACCCUCACAAUCAAACAGCCCUUGGACACAAACUUUACUUUCACUUUCACCAAGCUUGAUAUUGAGAGUGAUCAUAAUGACGGUAGGUAACAUAAUUUAUGUUAAACUUUAUGGAAUGUUUUAAAUCUGCGCAGCUAAUUGGGAAACUCCGACGACUGAGAUUUGCAUGUAAUAGGCAAUUCCAGCUUUAAAUUUAUGCGCGCAGGGGGUGACGGGAAGUAAGGUAUCAUAUUGCUGAUUAGGAAGAAAAAAUAAAAAUGGCGGCCGUGUAAACACGGAGCUGCUUAAAAUACUUGUAAAUAUUGGAUUAUUUCGGUUGUUUUUUUUGUUUAUAACUACUCCAAAUGGCUGGUCAAGGUAUGUUUUGGUUGUUAUUGAUGGUCUAUCCGACUUAAUGGAUGAAAUAAUAUGCUCAACGUCAACAAAUACUUCAUCUGAACCUUUUUGCGACGAAAUUAUUAAAACACUUCCGAAAAAAAAAGCUCGAGGUGGUGGUACAGCUUGUUGUGUCCCUGCUUGUAGCAAUAGUACGAGACGAAAUCCAUCCUUGUCUUUUCACAGAUUCUCUAAAGACCAAACGUUAAGAAAUACAUGGAUAGAUAGGAUUGAACGGAGCGAAUUCACGCCAAACGACCAUCAUCGUGUGUGUUCGGAACAUUUCCCUGAUGGCAAAAAGACCUACUUAAACAACAUACCAACCGGUACCCAUGUAGAUCAAACGCCAAACCUGCUUCAUCAAACAACAGUUCUCGCAGAACUAAGCAAUAACACAAACCAAAUUAACAUUGCAAUUGAAGUGGAUAAAGUCAACGAAGUACAAUCAAUACCGCAGCAAAAAAUAUCGAGCUAAUUGAGGAGAAUAUUCAGGAUAGAGUACAACGUCUAGAAGAUGAGUUGGCCAACUUGAAAGAAAAGUAUGAAAGGGAUACCACUUCACUUAAAGAUGAUCUUAAACGCAAAUCAUUCUCAAUUGACCGUUUUAAAAGCUCUGAUACUCACUUUGAAUUUUACACUGGUUUCCAAAAUUAUGACAGAUUCAAAGUUUUUUAUAAUUUCCUUAGUCCUGCAUGUACGAGACUAUCAUAUAGAGGAUCCAACAAUGGCAAGAUUGAAUCUGCAGAGCAGCAAAAACGUGGCCGCAAACGAUUCCUAAGCCCAGAGGAAGAAUUGUUUCUUGUUCUUACCAAAUUAAGAUGUGGUUUGCUUGAGAGAGACCUUGCUGCAAGAUACAACAUUUCUGUGUCACAAGUCAGUAAUAUAUGGAUAACUUGGCUGGAUUUCCUAUAUCAAAGAUUACAAUCGAUUCCUAUUUGGCCUUCCAGAAAACAUGUUGAUGCUACAAUGCCAGCAAGUUUCAAGGAAAAUUUUCCACAGACAAGGGUAGUCAUUGACUGCACGGAGAUGUUUAUUGAGAUGCCAUCUGCACCAGUUACUCAAGGAGUCACAUUCUCCUCAUAUAAGCACCACAAUACUGCUAAAGGACUUGUUGGCAUUUCACCUGCAGGAACUCUCACGUUUGUGUCAGAACUUUAUGCUGGGAGGACAUCAGAUAAAGAGCUAACAAAGGAUUGUGGGAUUCUUAAAUUGCUAGAGGAAGGAGAUCAGAUUAUGGCAGAUAAAGGUUUUCUUAUUGAGGAUUGUCUGCCAGAUGGAGUCACAUUAAACAUCCCCCCUUUUUUGAAAGAUCAGAAUCAGCUAUCCAUUGAAGAUGAGGUGAAGACAAGGAGAAUUGCUAAGGAAAGGAUACAUGUGGAGAGAGCAAUAGAGAAGAUAAAAAAAUUUCAGAAUUCUACAGCAUGCGCAGGUAAUAUCUCUAAGUAUGGCAGCAGAUAUCAACAAGAUAUGGAUUGUUUGUAGCUACCUUACCUUAUUUUUUAAACCUCUUGUUGUGUCAGCUCAAUCUCAUUGAGUGCAUGUUGAAUUUACUCAAUAGUUACAUCUUCUGAGUAAAUAUUUUAACCCAUUAGGUCCAGUGCAAUUUAUUUGGUCAUAAAACUAAUAGCUGCCAAUUUUUGGGUUUCAUAUGACAUCACAAAGGUGACGAGGAGUCAACUCGAAAACAAAACACAGUUAUCACAGUAAGUUGAUUGUUUGUUUUAUGUAUUAGCUUUAUGUUUGGUGGCAAAUAUAUGGAAUUUCGUAUCAGGGUGUUAGCCAGGAUUUCCAAAGUGGCCGUGCAAAAUAAUUUUGUGGCCGUGGCAACAUAUUGUUGUGGGCGUGGUCACAUGUUUUGGGCGUGGCCACAAUUUUCUGUUGUUGAGGAAUUGUGGUGUUUUAUUCGUUGAACCUUUUUACUUUUAGUUUUAGAUGCACAUUCCGUCAUUAAAUUAGUAAAAGUACAUGUAUGAUAUGAUCACUACCAUAACUGUAGCAUGGCGCUCGAGCGAUAAAGUGAUUGCUGUUUUUCAAAAAAGCAGUUUCACAUUAUUCCCCUUGAUACUUCAUGCGAGAAUCAUUAAAAUGGUUACAAAAACAUGGCAUGUUUUACAAAAAUAUGGCGAGAAGUAUUCAAGAAAUAUUACAAAGCUAGUAGGUUGCUAUUUAAAGAAAAUAUUCUCUUAGGCCGUCCAUGACCGUCCAUUAAAAUUUAGCCGUCCAAAUUCAGAAGUGGCUGUCCAUAGGACGGUCGGACGGCCGCCUGGCUAACACACUGUUUCGUAUCAUUUUCUCACUCCAGUACAGAAUAAACAUUAAUACAUUUGAGGCUGACCACCCGUCAGAUGCACUGCAUAAUGCCAUAGUGAAACCCCAGAAUAGAAGCUUUAGGUAGAUUUUGUGUGUGCAUGAAAAGACAAUUAUAAGUAAUAGCAUGGCUUGAGGGAGAUUAGUGAUUAAAUGGCCCCGUAACCCGAGGCAGGUUUGCGAAUUCCGCAAACCUGCCGAGGGUAAGGGGUCAUUUAAUCACUAAUCUCCCGAAAAGCCAUGCUCUAUUAGUUUGUAAUAGCAUAGUUGCGCUCCCAUUUAAAAAUGGACACUGAAACAUGCCCUACUUGGAAUCAGCGUAUUUAAGCUAAAACAUUUGCUUCAUUGCUUGUGGGAUGUAAAAGCUUGUUGCACAUGCGCACUUUUUACGAUUUAAUCGGUUACGCAUGCGCAAUCUAUCAUUUAACGUACCACAACAAAAACGCUAAAUAUAUUAGUAUAAAUUUGGAGACUGCACGUGCAUAAUUUAAAUGAUGCAGCAACUCAGGGAUCGGAUGAUAGACUAUUGACGGCUCUGAGCUAACUGUUGCUGUUCCUUGCACGAUUAUGUGCGUGUGAGGCACUUGCCUAAUGCGUAGUCGUCAGGGAGACAAAGGUGUGACCCUUGGUAACGGGCGAUUAGUUCUAAUAAUUCUAUUAGUCUCGGCCUAUGCUGGACCAUGAAUCUAUUGUAAUAAAUUUCAUAAUGUAAAUACUAUGGCCCAAUGUAAUAUAUAGAAUUGUUUAUUAGAAUAUUAUAUUGAGUACCAGUAAUGUUAAAUAUAUUUACAAUAUCAAUAAUUUAUUGAACAAAUUUACUAUUUAUUAACAAUAUUCACUGAAUUAAUUUAUUUAAUAAGCUUUUGUAAUAGAUUAAUUUAAUAUAAAUAUUAAAUAUAACAUAAAUUAUAAUUUAUUUUAUUUAAUAUCAGUACGAUUUGAUUUAUAUCAAAUAUUGAAAAUAGAAACGG